GCAUACAGGGGAUGAAUGAAAGAAAUGAAUUGGACACAGUCGUACUGUUUUUGCUUGUGUGUGUGUUUUCACAUGUGAGUGUACACGGGAAGGCUACACGGGGAGGCUUUUUUCCCAGUGAAUGAAGGAGCAGACAAAGCCUAUAUUUACCCAGUGACCGGACCUCUAAACACUCCCACACUGCUAGAGAGCCAGUCAGGAAAGAGGAAAUGGGAAGAUGUAUCCCAGCGUAGAUUCAGGGUUACACUGUUUACAGCACUCCCUGCAGAAAAGGCAUUUCCCCACUGGCAACAGCAGAGCACUUUUCCGCCUGGUUGCCUGACACCUAACGCUGGGCUGCUUCUCCCAUAUGCACUGCCAUUAGGUCACUUCAUAGGAGGCUGCAGCGCGUUUCUCCCAAGCGCUCAGAGACACAGAGCAGCCCCGCAGCCCGCACACCAGUCCCUCUCAGCUGAUGAGGCACUUAAUCUGAGCAUGUCCCAACAUGUCAAUUUGGGAAAGGGGCGUGGAGUUACAGUGAAUGACAUAACGCAAUUGGGCGUGCCGUGAGGCGAGGGGCGUGUUUAGCCGGGAGGCGUGGCUUUGUGCAAGUUGGCUGCAUGCGGCGCCGCUCUCCAGUUACAAUUGCUAAUGUUGUUCUCCUGAGCACUCGCUUGUACACACUCUCAUACACUCACUCAUAGACACACGUUAUUGUUUAGCGGACUCCACUUUCUCAGGACUUUGCCUUGCACUUGUGGAUUAGGGGUUCCGUGGCAUCUCUGUGAAUGUGACAUUGGCCUCGGUGUUUACAUGCCGGCGGCUGCGCUGUGAGCGAGAAAACAUAUCCAACAAUGGCCAGACCUCUGAAUGACGGGAAACCCUCUGAGCCUGUAGGAAAUAUUCAGGUUGAGACGAGCCACGCUUUUCCUGCUGGUGUUGCUGAAACCCCCUGUGGUGGAAUCUGUGAACAAAGCCUUCCCUCAAGCCACCCAUCUACCACCAACCACUCUCAGCCAUCCUUCUGCCAAAUCAACCACUGCCAGAUCAACAACUGCCAGAUCAGCCUUGGGACAGAGAGCAACUGUCAAGAGUCUGGACCUUCUUCUGCACCAUGUGGAAAUAGCCACUGCCACUUCUCUGGAUGCUAUAAUACAGGAGAAAGCACAGCUCUCAGUCUCACACAUUCGUUAAGUGAGAACUCAGGGAUGGAAGUUAACGUCCGUAUCCUGGACCAAGAUGAUUUUGCAGGGGACAUUCAAGGUGGGGCAAUGUUGGCAGGCGAAGAAGACAUAGAACGGGAGAUUGCCAUGCGGCUGCGCCGGAUUGGAGAUCAGAUGAAUGAGCUGUAUAUGCAGAGGAGAGUUGGUGGAGAACGGCACUGGUGGGGACCUCUGCGAUGGCACUUAACACAGUUCAUUUCUGAAAUCCUCGCUGCUUUGUACAAUCCACUGGUAGACAUUUUACCACACCAUUGAGAUGGUAGGCAGCUGGUACCAUGUCCUCAGAGGAAAGAGAAACGGGUGGUUUGUUCCCCGAUGAUGCCCAUGUCUGCUUCUGUUCUACUUUAAUUGGGCUUCUGCUGGACGGAACCCUGAGAGCAGCCGAGGGCCUUAAAAUUUCUUGGGUGGAUAUCCUACACCAUGUGGACCCUAUUGUAGAGUCUCUUGGCACGACACUCCCAUUGCUGUGAGAUUGCUUUUCACACUGGGAUCAGUUAGCUAUGCGGAUGUACAUUGCAAGCCAGGUCGUGUUAUUAACUGGGACACUGGAUUUGAUUGCCGCCUUAUAUUUCCAUCUGUUGGAGGGAGAUCAAACCUAUUACCAAGACGUUAUGCAGCUAUUACAGACUGUUAUGAAAAAUGGCAUUUACUUGUGAAGUGAAUUGCUAUGUCCCUUUUUACUUGUUGAAGUCAUUAAAUACGGGUUAAUAUGAGGGAAGAUACUGGCACAACUUCUGUAGUUGGGGGAGAGCACAAGUCCUACAAAUAUGAUUAGCAUUUCUGUAGCAAGCAAAGAAACUGUUGGUAAGAGCAGCUAUGCAGCUGUCCUUCAUUGAGGGUACUGGAUUAUCUCAAGGUAAACAAAUGACCUUCUGAGUGUAUUAUAUAUAUAUAUAUAUAUGAAAGAUUUUGCCACUGUCCAGUGUCCUUAAUCCAAGAGCCCUGACACCCCCACAGGUGGUGCAGACAUUUAUAUGGCUGGAUUUGGCAUAUUUCUGAGCCAUAUCAAAUUGCCGUCCAUGCCGGUUUCCUGAAACCCAUACAAGCCAUAAGGAAGUGGGCUCUGUGUUGUAGAGCCCUAUUUGCAUGCUGGUUUUUAGGUUUAUUUACCAAGCUACAGUCCCCGUUUAUGUAUAAAAACUUCAGCAUGUUUGUGAGCUAGCAUCCCCUUCAAACACUUCUACUGAAUAAACCUAUGAUGGCCUGCAAUCCUGUUCCUAAAAAAAAGCACUUCCGUACCAUGAAGCGCCUCCAACUGGAUCUUCACACCUCUCUGCUUAACAACAUUGGCGCUAUGCUGUGGUCCUCACGUAGGUCUAUGAAUUUCUAUUGUGUGCGUGUGUAAGGGGUCGGGAGAAUAUUUGAAAACAAAACAUUACAGAUGGUUAAUUUUCUGUGAAUUUACAAUAUUAAAUAUUUUAUUUAUAAAUAUAUAUAUAUAUAUAAAAAUAUAUAUUUUAUUGGCAUUAUAAAUUAAAAUGAAAUGUUUUUUUUUCAUUUUCCAGUUAAGUGGUUUUACCCUGAAGACAAAUGGCUGUUUACAGGGUGGUUCCUUAUAUGUUUUUCUUUUAGUUUCUGUGGCAAAAUGAAUCUCCUCCCCACCCCCACCCCUACUGGGCAGUUACCAACCAAAGAAAGAUGUCCAUUCAUACCUUAUAGUAAUACUUAUUUUUUCUUUUAAGAGUGACUUUAACAUUUGUAUCGGGUGCCAAUUCCGAUACAAUAGUCUUUUUAUUAGUUGGAAAAGUGGCACGCUUUAAUAUUUAUUGUUACGCCCCCCAAAAAUGGUACUUUUGUUUGGCCUGGCCUGUUCUGUUCAGACACUUAAGGAAACCUACUAGGGUAGAGAAGUAGGUGAGGUACCCUCCACCACUGAAACACACAAAUAUGUUUAAGGAAGACAAUCAAAUUUAUAUAUAUUAAAAAAAAAUGACAUAUUCAUUCAUAGGUUCUUUGCAUAACUUGAAAAAACUUUGCUAAACUGUGUUUUGUGUCCUGGCGGCUGGGGGGAGACCAUUUACUUGCCCCUUGUAGCCAGCUUGCUGUACAAGACCUCAGUGGAGCAAAGUGUAUAUAGAAAACAUGGCUACCUACAAUCCCUAACUCAUUCACUGGACUAUGAGUGAGUACAAGCCAUGCCUCCCAAACAUUUAUAAAAAUUGGUAAACAUUGUUAAACUGUGGGUUUCCUUGAGCCUGAAAUUCACAAGCCAGAGCUUUCCUUUCCUUUAUUGUGAAACAUGUGGAUAUCCAUCUUAAAGGGGAAGAACAUACAUUUCCUUGUAGAAUAUCAGAAAACGAUCAAUCACUUAAUAGGACCUAGUUAGAGUGAUAGCAGAGCCAGAUUUUUUUUUUUUUACUAUGAAAAAUGAAUAUAUGGCCAAUUUAGUGGGUUCAUAAUUUUCCUUCUACUGCUUUAUUGGAUAAAGACCUGUGCAUCACUUGCGCCUUGGAGCAUGUAUUAUGGCUGCCCUGUAUUGCUCUUUAUUUCUGCAGUAUUUUGCUUUUAGCAUCUCCCUUCUUAUCUUCUGGAAGGGGCUGGAUAAUCUAACGCACACGUUCCCAGGCCUCUGACAGGAAGAAGCGAGGGGAGGGUUGCAAUCCUGUGCACUUUUACUAAGGGGUAAAAUACCUUUCCCAAUAUUUAAUGUCAUUUAAAGCUUGAUGUCCCUUCUAGCACUAAAGUGAACAAAUAUGUUUCCAAGCAUUUUUUUUGUUGAAUCCUUGGAAGAAAACAAGAUUUUUCUUCCUCUCUAAAAUCAGCAAGACUGUAAUUUUUGUUAAUAAAAGAAAAUCAAUGUUUUGAUGCAUCCCACAGCAAUUCGGCCCCAAAAUACCCUCAAUAAUGGUUUAAAUGAUGUGAGGUGCUUCUAUUUGUUUUCCCUAAAGGCCAAGCUGAAAAGCUGUUCUUAUUAUCAGCGCUAGACAACAGUCCCUGGCUUCCAAAGGAUCAUUGCACUUGUGGGUCAGCAACUGCUUCAUUAGCCAUACACUGUCCACUGGGGACCCCCCAAUGUUGUGGGCACAAGCAGGUAUUUUCUAUUACAGAGAUGUAGGCAAGGGUUCAAUAUUUCAGUUUUUGUCAGAAGAAAAAGCAAAUCUCUCCUCAAUUUAAGGUCAUUUAUACUUCUGCAAAGAAGAUUAGAGAAGAGAAGCCGACUCUCUAAGAUGUGGGCUACUUCAGUGUGUAAAUACUGUACAUCUGUGUAAUGUAGACAUCUGAAUUUUUUUCUGUACAUUUGUGAUCACAUUCUUUUUGUACAUGGAUUUUGUAUUUCUUUUCAAUAAAAAUUUGGAUUCAAGCUUA